UUGGAUGACGGCGAGGUUUACAAAUCGUUACUUUUCCUGCUAUAGUACUGUAGAUAGACAUUACCUCAACACAAUUUAUUGGAUGGUUCACAAACUUGAUAAAAAAGGUGUAUUCAUGACAAUACAUAUUCAACUGAUAAACCUUGGCAACUGUGAUCACGGGCAGUGAAAGGUGACAGCCAACUACUCUUAACUUUUCGUUUUUGUGUUCUCCUUGUGGACAGCAUUUCCCAGGUCACUUGGCCUAAUCAGAAUCCUUAAAAAGAGCCCAUCAAAGCUAACUCAAUCCAUGUACAUGGAGUAUCAGAGCAAGAAUCACCAACCAAACAUAGUAACUGUUGGACAACAUGGGAUGUGCUGGAUCGUCGCAAACCAAAGCUGAGGGAACUGCUAAAAAGAUCCGAAAGCCAAAAGCUUGGAAACAUCCACAGCCGAUUACAAAAAGUCAGCUCAUUCAGCUAAGGGAAGAGUUUUGGGACACAGCUCCUCACUAUGGUGGUACCAAAGAAAUAUGGGAUGCACUCCGGGCAGCAGCAGAAGCUGAUCUUACACUUGCUCAGGCAAUUGUUGAUAGUGCUGGUAUCAUAGUACAAAAUCCUGAUUUGACAGUUUGCUUUGACGAAAGAGCAGGUGCAAGAUAUGAAUUACCAAAGUAUGUUUUGAGCGAGCCAAAGAACUUGAUACGAAGUUCCUGAAAAUACGAAGGGAUGCUCGAUAUUUGCCAAAUUUGGAGUUCAAUUAUACAUAUACCUUCACAUGUUGUGGAGAAAGGGAAUCUGCAAUCUGCUCUGUAGCCAUCGUCCAACUUUGUCAUCAACGAUACAUUUUAUGGAUCAUUAUGUGGUUUAUAACAGAUGUAAUAAUGCUAUCGGACAAUAUGUGUCAAUACAAUACAACUUUCAUGCUUCUGCUUCAACGAAUCACGCUAUCUAUUCAAGAAAUUGACUAGGAUGAAAAUAUGUCUGGUAUUCAACAGAGAAAAUGUAAUCAAUUUCGUAUUAUGAUUCA